CUUCGCUCAUUUGCGGCAGUACAUUUGUUGUAAGAGCAUCUUGUGCAUUGACUUAUUUUUCCGUGGUUUUGUUGUUGAAGUUGAAACCAGUUGAUUUCCAAUGAUUAUCGAGUGGUGAUUGUAGCAUUAGAAUAAUGAACCCAAGAUGGAAAAUUUUAGCUUUCUGGAUUCUCGCGAUUUUACUGCAAUCUGUUGCUGAAGCCGACGAUAGCGCCGUCGUUGUCUUAUCAAAGUGCAAUCACCUGGGUCAAUUGGGACAGUCGGAAUGGUUGACGCUAACCGGAGUCAAGCGAGCUACGCUCAAAUCAAGCGUCCUGGGGUGUAUUCCCGAGGUGAAGGAGCUCACCAUUACGGAUAGUGAAUUUUCGGCUAUCGAAGCGGAUGUGUUUAGGAUGAUGCCUUCGUUGGAGGUGUUGAAUAUGAGUGGCAAUAUGCUGAACACGCUGCUGGAUCAAGGAGGAUCUGUGCUGGGUAAUUUGGAACAGCUGAACGUGCUGGAUUUGAGCUUUAAUCGUUUCCAGCUUUUGCAUGGCGAAUACUUUAGAGGACUGCAUAAUUUGUCCGAAUUGAUAAUCACGCAUAAUGAUUUGGACAUAAUCUAUACUAACAGUUUUGAUGAGCUUUGGAAUCUACAGAUGUUAGAUCUUUCACACAACCGAAUUGAUUACAUUCCAGUAGGAGUGUUUGAUGGAUGCGAGCAGUUGAAAAUGUUAUCUUUCAAAGGAAAUAAGAUACAGCAGUUAAACCCAGAGAGUUUUAGUGGAAUGGCAUAUCUUGAGGAAUUAGAUAUUUCUGAAAACAGCAUCUCAAAGAUAGCGGUACAAUCUUUAAAGUCUCUGGUACGGUUAAAAGUUCUCUUACUUAAAGGAAAUAAGCUACACGAACUUUCUGAUGAUGUCUUUCGAUCGCUGGAAAAUUUGGAAUAUUUGAGUAUUGCUAACAACAAUAUUGCUGCGCUUGGUGAUUCUCUGCUGAAGACGCUGAACCAUUUGAGAUUUUUCAAUGCGCAGGGCAAUAGAAUUAGAAAAGUUUCCGACAAACUUUUCCAGAACAAUUCCUGGUUGGAGGGAAUCAGUUUUGGUGAAAACAAAAUCAGUGAUUUUGCUGUGGACGCCAUCGAGCAUUUAAGCCACUUAGAGAUAUUAAAUUUGGAAAACAAUUUUUUGAGCGCUAAUUUUGAAGUACGAGUUAGCAAGGAGAGCCGUGCAAAUCUUUAUCUAACUGGUAACGAUAUAUCCCACACAAACUUCAGUGGUAGCUCGUUGAUCUUGUCACAAAACAAUAUAACAGCGCUUCAGAGUAAUGCACUUGAUUCGACAAGAAAUAUGCGUAAAAUUCUAUUAGAUCAUAAUUUAAUAAGCUCUGUUUUGCCAGACGCGUUCGAGGGGUUAGACCAAUUAGAGGAACUAAGUUUAAGUUACAAUCCGGUUAUCCAUUUACCCGACACAACGUUCAACCCUCUUAUCUCUCUGAAAUCAUUGGAUAUCAGCAGCAUAGAUUUGUUGGAGAUACCGGGAGGAUUUCUGUCUGCUCAGACUCGUUUGAACUCGCUUUGGAUGGAUCAUAACCUGUUGGAAAUUAUUCCAGAGAGCACAUUUGAAAGUAUGCAACAAAUACGAUUCAUAAACUUGGAAUCUAAUCGGAUUAGAACGAUAGAUCGGACUACAUUCAAUAACUUACCCUUACUCGAGGAAUUGAAACUUAACAACAACGAGUUGAACAAUCUUCCGGAAAAGAUGUUCAUCGGAUCGGAACAAUUGAAAGUUUUGACACUUCAUGAAAAUCAAAUUCAGCACAUUGAUAAUAAUGCUUUCAUUGGACUGGAAAACCUCGAAGAACUCAUUUUGAGCAAGAAUCGCUUAAUCUCAAUUGAUGAAGAUAUUUUCCAAAGUCUAACUUUGCUCAAAGUCCUACAAUUCGAAAAUAAUUAUAUCGAAACGUUGCCAUCACUUCUAUUUAGCCAAAAUUAUAUGUUGGAGGAAAUCAGUUUGAAAAACAACGACAUAGAGUCAAUUCCUUCAGAUCUUCUGUUGUGGUGUCCUGCCUUAAAAAUGAUUGACUUGUCAAAUAACGAAAUUAGAAAUAUUCAAUCGAAUACCUUUCAACGCAGUGAAGAACUCAAAGAAAUUCGAAUCGCAGGUAAUCAGAUCGAUGAAAUCCAUUCGGUCAUGUUCAAUAACAACACCUAUUUAGAACUGAUUGAUUUGAGCGCCAAUGUUAUUUCAUCUCUACCGGAUGACGUGUUUGAAAAUCUGACACGUUUGGAAAAGUUGUUUUUGGAACGAAACAACCUAGAUCAGAUUUCAUCGACUCAAUUGAAAGGAGCAGUUAAUUUGAAAGUUCUAUCUCUCUCCGGAAAUAAAUUGACUGAGCUUGGAAAUGGCGUAUUUCGAGAGAACGAAUUCCUCGAGGAACUGUUUUUAGAUGGUAAUCAACUCUCCAAACUGUCCGAGCAAUCAUUCUUCAACCUGAAUCGACUACGAACUCUCCAUAUUUCAAAUAACAAACUGAGACUCUUUUCAAGUAAUCUGUUUAGUCCUCUUCUAUCCCUGGUAGAGCUAAAAAUCGACAACAACGACCUGAAACAACUUCCUGAACUCAUCUUCAGAAACCAGUUAAAUCUAGAAUUUAUUUCAUUAUCCGGAAAUAAGCUCCAAACCCUCCCAGAAACCUUAUUCGAAUUCUCCGGAAAACUGAAGAUUCUGGAGCUCAAUAACAACCACCUCACCACAAUCAACCAAGGACUGCUUCUUCCAUUGAGCCAGUUGGAGGAACUAUACCUGGAAUCAAACCAUCUCGAAAACAUACCGGAAAUAAUCUUCAUGAACAAUGCCAACUUGCAAAUACUCAACGUCGCCAACAAUUCUUUGACAACCUUCAAUCCAACGAUUGCAACCUUUAAAGAUAGUCUAUCGGUAUUAGACAUUCAACAAAACCAACUUCAGCUUCUUCACAUCCCCAGGAAGCUCAAAAGUCUCUUCGCCCAAAACAAUAACAUUGACACAAUUUCGAUCGAACAAGCUGGACCUCAUCAGCUCGAAAACUUGAACGUCGCCAACAACAACAUCACCCGUAUGGAAAAGCUCUUCAAACUUACCCAACUUCGAAGCCUCAAUCUCUCGGGAAACUCCUUCCAAACUCUUCACCUACCCAGAAUCUACAAACUUCCCCAUCUUAGCUAUUUCAGUGUUGCCAAUAGCGGACUGCAGAAGCUAACCGGAAUACUCUUCAAGCAGCACGAAUCGCUGAAAGAGUUCGAUUUGUCCAGCAACGAGAUCUGCAAGUUCGACUACAAUGUGUUGAUAUUUUUCACCGGCCUGCAGCAGCUCGGAAUUGACGGCAAUUGCUGUGACGAUGAGGAGUUUCGAGAUAACGUUAAACUGCUGGUUGAGAUUAGUGCUGUUCAGAAGAAUUUUGUUGUGUCAUAGAGUAAGGAACCUUCAGUAAAAUGGUGCACAAUAUAAAGUAUUCAUAUGUUUUGACCAAAAUCUCCUGGAGAAAAGGUUGAAAACAACUUAUCAUACCUACAACCCUACAAUAAAUUAUA